AUGUCGAACGCAUAUAAUCACACAGCUUCCGCCGAUGGGAGACAGGCUCGGUCGUUUAGUCAGGGAUCCGCAGGUUCUUAUCUGAACUCAUGGCUAUCGGGCCGUUUCUCUCCCUCGACGUCCGCAAACUACUUGGAAGGAGACGAUGUCGCCGGUGAUCUAGAAGACGACGAUGACGAAGCUCACCAUAGGGCUCGGCAACUGUCUCUGCGGCUUCGACAGGCAGGUGGUGUGAAUAGCUUGGACAACUUUACACGAUCAUGGCAACGAGCAGCAGCAUUCCCAGAAAUCAUCCCACGGCGGUCCUCGUUUGUAUUUGAGUACGAAGAACCCGACGAGACGGAUGAGGGUCAACCCGGACAAGACGAUGUGGAUCAAAAGCCUACGGCACACCCACUUUUAUCUACCAGCUAUCGCUCCGGAAGAUCAAGAUUCCCCGCGGACAGCGUACAUGAUGGUAUCGGCAGGCGAGAUAGCUCGCCUCAGGAUAUGAGACCUCUCGUAAGCAGAGAAUCACCGACAACACCAGCUGAUCUUCUCCGAGCGUACGAUCACUCCUCUUUAAGUAGAAGCUUCGGGACAUCCUAUGGCACGAUUGCUUCUCGAGCAAGUGAGACCGCCCGGCAUAGAGCUCUCGAGCUUCAGCAUGAACAUCAGCAUCAACUGAUUCCCGGAGGGGAGGCGGAGCCAGAUAGAGAACUACUACUGGUGAAGCAGAUUCAGCAUGAAGAUGGGACCAAGGAGAAUAUCAUCGUCGGUCAAAGCACGGUGCCGCAGACUAUCUUCAAUUCGGUUAAUGUCUUGAUUGGCAUUGGACUAUUGAGUCUGCCUCUUGGCAUGAAGUAUGCUGGCUGGAUACCUGGACUCUCGUUCUUGUGCUUCUCGGCUGCUGUUACGGCCUAUACUGCGAAAGUUCUGGCUAAAUGUAUGGACGUGGACCACCAUUUAGUAACUUACGGGGACCUCGCAUACAUAAGCUUUGGACAUCAGGCUCGUGUUGUGACUAGCCUGUUGUUCUGCUUGGAACUUUUAGGCGCCUGUGUUGCACUUGUGGUUUUGUUCGGAGAUUCCCUUGGAACUCUUUUACCUGGUCUUAGUCUAUUGCAGUGGAAGAUUAUUUGUGGCGUCGUCCUCCUGCCGCUCACCUUUGUUCCUUUGCGUUUCCUGAGUGUCACCAGCAUCCUGGGUAUCUUGUCAUGCACUGCAAUCGUUGGAAUUGUCUUCAUAGAUGGUCUUAUCAAGCCAGAUUCUCCAGGAUCUCUUCGUCAACCAGCCAACACAUCCCUCUUCCCUGAAAAUUGGGCGACUUUGCCUUUGAGCUUUGGGCUCAUUAUGUCUCCCUGGGGCGGUCACGGCGUAUUUCCGAAUAUAUACCGCGACAUGAGACAUCCCCAUAAGUAUGGCAGGAGUCUUUCCGUUACGUACAUCUUCACGUUUUCUCUCGAUUGUUCAAUGGCUAUAAUCGGCUGGUUGAUGUUUGGGGAGGGCGUCCGUGAUGAAGUUAUAAUCAAUAUACUACAAAGCACUGGCUAUCCUCGUGCCCUUUCCAUCUGCAUGAUUCUGUUUACCGCGAUCAUCCCAAUCACGAAGGUGCCUUUGAAUGCUCGACCGCUUAUUGCAACGGCUGAGGUCCUGUGCGGCCUGGACUCGUCGAACCAUCAUUCCUCACAGCACAACGGCGAAGCCUCUGGAAAAGCAGUCACAAUUGGUAAAGCUCUUAUACGCAUCUUUGUGCUUGUUCUGAUCGUUUUCAUUGCCAUCGUCUUUCCGUCCUUCGACCGCAUCAUGGCGCUUAUGGGUUCCUUGUUGUGUUUCACAAUUUGCAUCAUAUUGCCACUUGCAUUCUACCUCAAGAUCUUUGGAAUCGAGAUUUCGCUUGGUGAGAGGAUCCUUGACUGGUUCCUGGUGAUUCUCUCGUCAGUCAUGGCUAUCGUCGGAACCGCCUGGGCCUUCCUACCAUUUCCCGAAUCAGGCACGCCUGCUGCUUUAUAG